AUGGGGACCAGGGACCUCCUCUUCUUGGUCCUCAUCUGCAGACUAGCCUGGGCUGGGACAAUGGAAUCAUGUGCGCAUCGCUGUGGAGAGCCACUGAACAAGGCAGCUGACUGCCAGUGCAACCACCAGUGUGAGCAACACAAGGACUGCUGCGAGGACUACGAGAAACUGUGUACAAGUCAAGAAGAGCCCAAAGCAAUGGAGGUAGAGACAGAAUGGGAAGAAGAAGCAGACCCAGCCAGCAAUCUUUAUAUGGCACCUAAUUCUUGCCAUGGCCGUUGUCAUGAAGCUUUUGACAAACACCACCCAUGCCACUGCAAUUCAAAGUGUCAGAAUUUUGGGAACUGCUGUGAAGAUUAUGAAAGUCUGUGUGCUCAUGAUGGUUUCUCCCGAAGGAGUGAUGCCAUCACCAAGGAUGAACUCCUGACUAUCUCAGAAAAGAUCUACAAGGCAGACACCAACAAAGCUAGAAAGGAAGAUAUCAUUAUCAAUAGCCAGAACCGUAUCUCCCCCUCUGAAACAAAUGACCAAGUGGAUCGAUGCCCUGAGCCGCUCUACAGCUAUGUAAAUGAAGAACUCUUCUCCAAACCAACCUAUGCUGCAUUCAUCAAUCUACUCAAUAACUACCACCGGGUAACAGGUCAGGGGGAACACUUCAGUUCUCAGCAACUUGAAGAACAGGACACUUUUCUUCGAGAGAUAAUGAAGACGGCAGUCAUGAAGGAACUUUAUGGCUUCCUUCAUCAAAAAAACAGAUACAGCUCAGAGCAAGAAUUUGUCAGUGACCUGAAGAAGAUGUGGUUUGGACUGUAUUCCCGGGGCCAUGAUGAGGGGGACUCCAGUGGCUUUGAACAUGUUUUCUCCGGUGAAGUGAAAAAGGGAAAAGUGUCAGGAUUCCAUAACUGGAUCCGCUUCUACCUGCAGGAGAAGGAGGGUCUGGUUGACUAUUACAGCCACAACUAUGACGGGCCUUGGGACUCUUACCCCGACGUGCUAGGAAUGCAAUUCAACUGGGACGGCUACUUCAAAGAAGUGGGAUCCGCCUUCAUUGGCAGCAGUCCGGAGUUUGAGUUUGCUCUCUAUUCUUUGUGCUUCAUCAGCAGGCCUGGCGGUGUGUGUCACUUGAGCCUCGGGGGGUACCCCCUGGCUAUCCAAACCUAUACCUGGGACAAGGUGACCUACGGAAAUGGCAAGAAGUACAUUGCUACAGCCUAUAUAGUAUCUUCCACGAAUUAG